GCGCGGGCAAGAUGGCGCUGCUGCAGCGGGCGUACAGCUCGCUGUUCCGCCGCACCUCCACCUUCGCCCUCACCAUCGUCCUGGGCGCCGUCCUCUUCGAGCGCGCCUUCGACCAGGGCGCCGACGCCAUCUUCGAGCACCUCAACGAGGGGAAACUGUGGAAACACAUCAAGCACAAGUAUGAGAGAAGUGAAGAUUGAAACGCUCAGCAGCAGGAUCCAGCCUGGGGUGGCAAAAGACACUGCAGAGAAGGAUUCGGCCUCCUGAAACUGGUUGUAUCAAAACGGAAAUGGAUUCCUGAUUGAACAACUCCGAGCCAGAUCAUAUCAGCCUGAUAUGGUGUAAACCAAGACGGACUCAAGGAGUUCUGCUGCUGUACUCAAACUUGCUGUGUUAAAAUAAUAAAUUCUUGGUCCAUGUCUCA